UAGAAGCGCUGAAACGCCAAUGUCCCACGCUUUCGGUCGCAUUCGUGUAAGACAAAAAGCGAGGCUCGUGAUACAUCUACUUAUAUAAACCUCCAUCCCUUUUCAAGAACCAAGCUUUUUACAAGAACAGACCAAGACCAACCAAGCACGAAUCAAGAAUUCCAUCCAGCCAGUCAAUCAGCAAAAUGCGCGUUGGAAACAGAGUCAAACAUAUCUUCAGCUUCUCAUUCACCAAUCGUCGACCUAAUCGAUCAAUGUGGAAAGAGAAAUCCCCGGCCGCUGUCACCGAUGAUUCCUCCUCCUACUCAAACGACUCGGACUCCGACGAUGCGAUUCACAUUUCCGAAGACGAAGGCUCAGAUCCCUCAGAUGUCGAUGUCGACGACGAUGACGACGAAUAUGCAUCGCCAAGUAAACGCGUGCGGAUAAUCAGCUGGAGACUUGACAAUAACAAGAUGGUUCCCGGACGAUGCCGGUGGACGCUGGAACAAGAGAAACGGUUAAAAGUUGCGCAGCAGCAGCUGGCAAGGUGCCAGAAGGCAUGGAGUUCGGAGCAGGAGGUUUGGUUGAAGCAUAUCGAAAAGCUGCACGAAGAAAAAGCCGCACAUGAGGACUUUGUACAUCUGCGCGCAAAACAGCAACAAGAUGAGCGUGUUCAUUUCCGGAAAGCGUUGAAGCGUCGGGAACAGGAACAAGGGGAUUUAGGGACAACAAGUGAUGAGGAUGAAGGAGGUCUACGGAGGAACCAGAGUUUGAGUCGCUUGAGGCGGUUACGGAGGUUUUCAUGAUUUAUGCUUUCUUUUUCUUUUCUUUUCUUUUUGCAUUAGAACAUAGCAUUACGGAUUGCAUGUAUAUAGUUUAGGAUGCCUAUAUUCUUCUAUUUAGGCCUGGCUAG